UAAGGGUACGAUCCGGCGGAAGUAAACGGCGCUAGCACCGUUAGCUCCUAACGUUAGCGGGACGACUGUGAUCGUGGAAGCAGCGAUGUCUUCGGUUCAGGGUCUGAGAGCGUUUGUCACCGAGCGACUGACUGCUGCUGCUGCAGAAAUCAUCGGAGCCUUUGAGAAAACCAUGGAGGAGUAUGAAGCAGAGAUCGGUCGGCAGCGCAGGCUGCUGGACAGCGUUUUCAAACCUGACGUAAAACUGCACAGGAUCGCAGAGAUCCCACAGCACGUCUGUAAAGAGGAGGAGGAGGAGGAUCUGAGUGACCAGGAGGUGAAUUCAAGUCUGGACCAGGAGGAGCUGGAGCCUCUACGGAUUAAAGAGGAGCAGGAGGAACCCGGCACCAGUCAGGAGAUAGAGCAGAUUGUGCUGAAGGAAGAGACUGAGGACUUCAUGUUGACUCCGGUUCAUGAUGGAAGUUACCACAGUGAAUCAGAACCGAUCAGUGAUGACCAGCUCUUCUCUCAUAGCUCUCCUGUAGCUGAGGGUCAAGCUCAGGAAGGAAGUCCACAUGAAGAUGUGGGAUCAAUGAGAGAAGCAGAGACAGAGUAUCAAGGCAGCACAAGUCAUCGGGACAACACAGACAACGCUCCCAUGUCAGAACCCCGUUCUAGUAAUUCCACACGUAAAACAUCUUUCACGUGUGGAAAAGGUUUCAAGUCUAGGUUUAAAUUGAGAAUACAUUUGAAAACCCACCCAGACGAGAAGCAAUUUAGUUGCAGCACUUGUAAGAAAACCUUUAUUUGCUCAUCUAAACUGGAAAGACACAUGAUAAUCCACACUGGUGAGAAGCCGUACCUCUGCAGCAUGUGCGACAAAAGAUUUAGUGACAGCUCAGUGUUGAAAAGACACAUGAUGAUCCACACAGGUGAGAAGCCAUAUUGUUGUAGCUUCUGUGAUAAAAGAUUCAUUCUGGCAUCAUCAUUAAAUGCUCAUUUAAGAGUUCACACAGGGGAGAAACCAUAUUGUUGCAACGUCUGUGGGAAACAAUACAGUCUGAAAUCAUCACUGAAUGCUCAUUUAAGAAAUCACACAGGAGAGAAGCCCCAUGUUUGCAGCACCUGUGGUAAAGCAUUCCUAAAAAAGUCAACACUGAAUAGUCAUGAGAAAACCCACACAGGUGAGAAGGCAAACUCGUGCGACGUAUGUGGGAAAAGCUUCAUGUUUAGCAGUAACUUGUUAGCUCACAUGAAAAUCCACACAGGUGAGAAACCGUAUCCCUGCAGCACCUGUGGAAAAAGAUUCAUUAACUCAUCCAAAUUAAAACGACAUAUGCUGAGCCACACAGGUGAGAAGCCGUACUCCUGCACCUUCUGUGAAAAAAGAUUUGCUAACUCAUCAAAAUUAAAAAAACACAUGCUGAAACACACAGACGAGAACCCGCCUCCUCACACACCUGUGUGAAAAGGUCCGAUCAGACGCCAACAAUGAAAAUCAGGAUUUGUUCAUUAGGAAUUCGCCCAGGUGAGAUGUUCUGUGCUUUUUAGUGUGAGGGAGUUUUUAAUAGCAAAUAGAACGUGUUUUGUUUACCUCCAGCUCUCCCAAAUAUGGGAGAGAUGGUCCAGAUCUGGUCGGUUUGACUGAGUAAAGAUAUCGAACAUCACAUUAAACAGUAAAGCAUGGGCUACAGCACUAUAUAAAUGUCUUUUAUGUGAAGAUAAUAGUAACACAUAAUACCUGAUAACAUUCAGCGCCCCCUGCAUUAGUUGCUAAUGUUAGCCCACGGCGCAUUCGUGGCUCUACCGCUGCCAAUACUUUACCCAAACCACAAUGGUAUUAUUUGUUGUUCUUACAUUCUGUGGAGUUACUCAAUCACUCUGACUUUCUAACUCUCCCACAGAGCUUGUCUAAAGUGAUUUCUUAGUCUGCCAUCUGGUCACAUUUUUAUUGAACCAAGGCCAUAAAACAGUUGGGGGAGUCCUGUUUUCAGGCCAAUUGCAUAGCUUCUAGUGAGUAAAAUGACGCCAACUGACCACAGUCAGUUGCAGAUAUGGCCACACAGACACUUGCCCUCUGUUGGCCAUAUAUGACAGAUGUGGACAGGCUGGACAAUGACUUGACACGGUUUAUAUUUAGUCAGAUAGGUAUAAAUACCUGUUAUUUUGAUAUAUUAAUCACUUUAUUGCUAUUAUAGGUGCUAUAGUCCACAUUACAACAUUACAGAUCCAGAUUAGAAAACUCAGAACCUCAUCCGACUGUUUGCAUUAAAAUUUGUAUAUAUUUGUCCUGCUUCACUUUAUCAAAACCAUCUUUUUGCUGAGUUCUUAUGCUUUGAUUAUAUGGAGGAUAGAAGUUGCUAAGGCUUCUAUUUACAGAGAUAUUCAUCCUGAAAGUGAAUUAUUUUUCAGACAGAACUGAAGAAUUUUUAUUUUUGUUAUUCAUAAAUGAGUAACACCCACACCUCAAAUCACAUCUCAGAAGUGUCCCCCCAUUAUGACACCAAACGCAUUCAAAUAGACCUUAUGGUUGCAGAGAUAUACCCAUCUCUAACAUGGCUGUGCCAAUAGGCUUGGGGGGUAACGGGUUGAUUAGAAUUACAGCGUUUUGUUAAUGCUCACAUGCCAAGAGUAGUUACUUAGAGAAUAGGAUCACGCACCGGAAUGUUUGGGAUCUUCCCUCUAUUUCACUGUAUCUCUACAGCAGAGCUCUGCAGUCAGAAACACCCUCUGUUUUAAGAGCAGAUCUCAUAUGAAGUAUUGACACUAUUUGAAUUAGUCUAAAGCCAAUAGACCUGGUAAACCUACAUCUGAGUUACUUUUGAUAAAUGCACAAUAAUUCUUUUUAAGAAGCUUUGUAUAAACCACUAAUAGGAAUUAUACACCAUACUGAUGACAGCUGUGUUAAAACAAUUAAAAAUGAGCACUGUUUACUUGCGCAGUGCUGCUUUGAGUCAUUGAGAUGGGGCAUGUGUGAAGCAGGCGGCUUCCAUUCAACACAGAAGCAAUGUUUACCACUAAGUGUUGAGUCUUAUUUGACUUGUGUGCAGUUUUAAUGCAAUGAGCCAAAUUCUGUGUAAACAAUCAGAACAAUUUAAAAAAGAUCUUAAUAUCAACCUUCAACCAGAACCUGUGGCAUCAUAUUUUAAAAUAGCCUCAUGUUUACUUUCAUAUAAUGUUUGUACUUAGCUUUGAAACACUAUUUGUGUUAAUAUUCCUACACUUAGAACAUACUUCAUCCAAAUGUAAAUGAUUGAACUCUGAUGCAUUUUCUUCUUGACUGUCUUGAAAGUCUGUUUCUUAGUUACUGACUGCUUCUGAAGUGACUCAAAUGUUUUUUCUAUUUAUUCUUUCUCUCUUUUCUUAUCCUUUUUGUAACUGAUGUUGAUGUAUUACGGUGUAAAAAUGAAACCUUGCCAAAUAUGUACUUGUUAGUGUUUUUUUUAAUAAUCAUAAUUUAUUUAAAUUUUAUUGAAUUUGUAGAUUGAUAGUUUUGUAAAUCCUUUUUUUCAUAUAAUGUGUAUUUACUGUAAACUAAACUUCAUUGGGGCAAGAUUUAUCAGUGUUUUCUAUGUUUGUAAUGAUUCUGCUGCAGAUGUGGAAAAUGCAAUAAAACAACAGCUGUGAACACAGUAAAUAACUAAACAGAGGCCAGUAAAGUAGAAGUGGAGACUCCCAGUGAUGAGUUUCAGACUUCAGGCGGGUGAACGGAGGAACACAACACGAAUGGACUCAGAGCGACGCCUUCAUUUGUCAUUAAUGGAGAAACUUUUCUAUAGAUUUACUGAAGUUAUAGGAUGUAAUGUUACAGAACUGUGUGAAAACUAGCUCCAUCUCUGCUAAUUGCUACACAUAAUAUGACCACAAUGGGAAAGUACUGCAUGAUGCUUAUGUACAAACUGUUAAGUUUUUGUUUUAGUAUUUUUCCAUUUUUUACUCUAAAUGUUUCUUUUGAGAAUUAGUGGACUUCUUUUUUUGGCGUAUUUCAUCAGUAACACUUCUCAGAACAUCUUUUUUAUUUUUUUAUUUUGUGGGAGUCUUUAAUUCUAUGCACACUAACGGCUUUUAAACUGGUGAUAUGAUGUGGAAUAACGCAUUUGACAAUUGUCAUAUAGUAAAUGUGGAUUUCGAA